ACAUAUCCCACAAAAAGAUACAGAUUCAUGAAAUCUUAAAAGAAAACCGCAUUCCCCACCUCCUUCAAGAUCCAUCAUUCCUCCACCGCAUUCGCCCCUCUUAAACCCUAGAAUCCACCGCCGGAGCUGCGGAUAACUCGUCGGACCUUUCAGAAGUAGACGGAGAAACAACCGACGUCCGGUUUUUCUCUCCGCGCUCUUUGAUUCGGAUCCGUUUCGCAUCCAGUUUUUGGAAUUGUCGAUCAGUGAUGGCAGCGCCAGCGGCGGAGACUUUGGAAUUAGUUAGCGCUGAAGUUAUCGGGAAUGCCUUCGUGAAGCAGUAUUAUCACAUACUGCAUCAGUCACCAGAGUUUGUUCACAAGUUUUAUCAGGAUAUCAGUGUUGUUGGUCGCCCUGAGGAGGAUGGCUCCAUGAGCAUCACCACCACUAUGGAAAACAUCAACAAGACAAUCAUUUCGCUCAACUAUGGGGAAUUCGUAUAUGAGAUUAAGUCGGUUGAUUCACAAGAAUCGUUUCAUGGUGGAGUUCACGUUCUCGUGACUGGCUAUGUAACAGGAAAAGACAACAAAGUCAGCAACUUCGCACAAUCUUUCUUCCUUGCCCCACAAGACAAGGGCUAUUUUGUUUUGAAUGACAUGUUCAGAUAUGUGAAUAAUGUCGCUGUUACUCCAGUAUUGGUCCCUGGUGUUGUGGUGCCUGUUCCUGAAGAGCCAGUAGUUCUCAUCCCAGUUCAGGAGAACCAUGUUUCUGAGCUGAGCACGCAAUCUGUAGAAGAAGCUGUUUCUGGAGAAGUGUACAACCCACCGGAGAAUGGGGACGUGCCAGUUACCGAAGAAGAAAAAGAGGAAGUUCCUGUGCCAGAGGUGGUUGAUGAGGCAUGGGGUAAUGCACAAACGGUGGUUGAGGCCCCUGCCAAAAUUGACGAAGCACCAAAGAAGUCUUAUGCUUCUAUUGUGAUGCAUCUCAAGGAAACUGCUGCAACUUUCUCGCGACCUCCUGCAGCAGCCCGAAAAGCUCCACCAAAGAGCUUGGACCAAGUGAAGCCUACACCUAUUUCGACACCUGAAAAUCCAAUAUCCAAUUUGGAUUCUUUUGAUCACGAACAUAACCAAGAGGCUGAUGGGUUCUCCAUAUACAUUAAGGGCCUUCCCAUGAAUGCUACUGAAGCUUUACUUGGUGACAUAUUCACCAAAUUUGGGACCAUAGCAAAUAAUGGAAUUCAAGUUCGAAGCAACAAACAACAAGGAUUUUGUUUUGGCUUUGUGGAAUUUGAGGAAGCAACUUCCAUGCAAAAGGCCAUUGAGGCUUCUCCAGUAACAAUUGGCGGACGCCAAACCAUUGUUGAGGAAAAGAGGUCUACGAAUUCUCGUGGAAGUAACAGGGGAAGGUUCCAAUCGGCAAGGGGAUCUGGGUUCAGAAACGAGGGAGUUAGAGGACGAGGAGGCUAUGGUGGCGGUAGGGGCAAUAACAGGGGUGAUUUCAACGGCAGGAGUGAGUUUGGCAGCAGGGGUGGAAACCGGGGAGGAUCCGCUAACCGCGAUGCAUAUCAAAGGGGCGAAAGCAUCAAUAGCUACGGAGGAGGCCGUUCCAACCGAGCUGCUGGGAUAUCCAACGGCAACACAAAGAACAUGGCCCCUCAUGUCUCCGCUACUGCUUGAAGAGUCGUAGCACCAAGUUAGGUUCUGUUAUUCCCUCAUUCUUCUUCAUCCGGUUUCAAGUUGCAGUCGUAGCUCCACGGAAACACGAGCAACCGAGUAGUAUUCAUCGUCUCUUCUUACUGUGUUGUUAGACGAGAUUGGGUAGGUAUUUUGUCUUAGUUUCUUUACAUAAUACAUACUUUCCACGGGCCAAGGAAAAGGAAUUUAGUUCUUCAACA